AUGAACACUUCAGAGGGAAUCCCGGCAACGCAGCCAGUCCGUGAAGGUGGGCCACCUAUACAACGAUCUUCGACCGCGAGCACCCUGCACCACAACGAUUUCGACGAUUCAUUUCGAUCAAGGUUCCUAUCGUUCUUCCACCGAGACAGUCAUAUUGGUCAUGUAGGCCGACACCCGCUGCGGGGAAGUCAGGAAAUCGAGAUCCAUACUUGGGCUGGGCCCGACGACCCAGACAACCCAUUCAAUUGGAGCAAAACGUACAAAUGGGUCUUGACUUUGACUGUCUGUUUCAUCUCCAUUCUGACAGGUCUACCGGCUGGAUCCUAUGGCGCGGGAAAUGACUACAUGGAAAAGCUGUUCCAUGUUCAGAAUGAACCGUUUCCCAAUCUCGCAUGGGCCACGACCUCUUGGAACAUGGGCGCGGCAUUCUGGCCGUUAAUCUUUGUCCCCCUGACAGAGUCGUCUGGACGCAUGCCUGGCUACUUUGUUGCAUACUUCAUACUGGUGGUGUCACUCUUCCCUUCAGCCUUUGCGCAGAAUUUCGCCACCCUCGUGGUUACCCGGUUCUUUGGUGGUGGUGCAUCUUCGGUGUCUAUCAACAUCGUAGGCGGCAGUAUCAGCGAUGUCUGGUAUGGUGACAAGGCUCGCAGCUUGCCAAUGUCCCUCUUUGGAUUCACCAGCGUAGUUGGAAUUGCGCUAGGUCCAUUUGUUGGAGCCGCUAUUCAACAGAUCCACAAGAGCAGCCCGUGGCGAUGGAUCUUCUACAUUCAGAUCAUUUACAAUGCUGCCUUAAUUCCCAUAUUCUGGUUGAUUCUUCGCGAGACCCGAGCCGAUGUGAUUCUGAAAAAGCGAGCUAAAAAAUUACGCAAGGAGACUGGCCGUCCUAUUUAUGCAGAAGCUGAUCUGAACACCACCAGCGUUUGGAAAUUGAUGCAAGUCUCCUUCGAACGCCCCACUCGCAUGUUGAUGACCGAGCCCGUUGUCAUUUUUUUCACGUUAUGGGUGAGCUUCGCAUGGGGAAUUCUCUUCCUCUUCUUUUCGAGCGUGGCGCAAACAUUUAGUGCAAACUACGGCUGGGGUACAUUCCAGACUGGUUUGGUACAAUUGGCUAUUUCGGUUGGUGCUGUGAUAGGUACCGUCUUCAACCCUAUCCAAGACUGGAUCUACCUCGACUCUGCCCGGAGAAAUCGAGAACGUCCUGGCAAGGCUAUCCCCGAAGCCCGCUUGUAUACUUCUAUACCUGGGAGUCUGCUUUUUGCAGGAGGCCUGUUCUGGUACGGCUGGGGCAGUGUCGGGAAUGGAUCAGUCCACUGGAUUGUGCCGACGCUGGGAAUUGGGUGCACUGGAGUGGGGAUUUACUCCAUUUACAUGGCUGUGGUCAACUAUCUGACUGAUGCGUAUGAAAAAUACGCAGCCUCUGCGUUGUCUGCAGCCUCUCUGGGUCGUAAUACUUUCGGCGCCUUCCUUCCUCUUGCAUCCUUCGAAUUGUUUGAUACCUUGGGGUAUGGCUGGGCUGGCUCAUUGCUUGGGUUCGUCGGGAUCGCCCUUUCUGUUGUUCCCGUGGUUCUUGUCCUAAAAGGACCUGAAAUCCGUCGGCGGAGUCCAUUCAUGCGUGAGUCCAUGUUUGAACCUGGUGAUGAUUCCGAGAAGGAUCAAGGUUUGGAGAAGACGGAGGCUUGA